AUGGUCCAAUUCCUCGAUCGUCUUGCCGUCUUCCAGCUUUGCCUGCUGGCACUGAUCACUCUGGUGCUUGGGGAAAAGAUACUUUCCUAUCCAACGACUGUUGAGGUCGACCUUCUCUUUCCGCGAAAUGAAACCUACAACAACAUGACCGGUUUCCCUAUUGUGUUCGCCAUACAGAACGCCAAAGCUGUAGACGUAUUCGGGUGGAGCCUUGAGUGGAAGUUCGUAUGGCUCGACGGGGACACAGACGAGAAAUUUCUGGACCACUAUACCGGCCCAGACCUGACAGACAGUUCAACGCUCAACGAAUUCAGGUACAUCGCAGACGAUAGCUUCCUCGCCCCUGGCAAACUAUACACAGAAAACAACUACUACUUGCGCCCUGGUACAUACCUCGUGGACUGGGAGUAUAGAACAUCAACUUGUUCGGGAGGGAAGAGCAAGACCUAUAUCGACGGCAAUUCAGUAGUUGCGCGGUCGAAUAGCACCGUCAUCUUUACAGCCGUUGGCGACGGGAGCGGACUAGAUUUUGAGAUUCCAUCUGACGUGUGCCCGUUGUAUGCGGGACAGUGGACGGCGCAAGAGAGCGGCGCAUCAAUCGAUUGUCCUAGACGUGACUCGAGCUCCUAUAUCGAUCCCGAUCCUUGUACAGCCCAGAUUAGCUCGGAGCAGAUACACUGCCUGCAGGACUGGUUUGGUGGGAAUAAUAACUCUGAGGCAUGUCAAUCUAGUUUAAAACGAUGGGAUGUGUUAGGAGAGACUGCGGCGGCGGUGACUCGUGUCCCAACAAUGGCGUAUUUCCUGUUUGUACUGUUGGCGGUGUUAGCAACGGGGUUAUGA